AUGGUAUUGCUAUUCAAUUCUUUGCAAGAAGUUUGCACCAGAUCAAACUCACUAGAAUACGCUUACAAGCUUAACAAAGCCCGCGCGACAGAAUAUGCAGUCGGUUUGUCAGAGGAAAAAACCCUACAAGCGAGAUACAUACAUGCAUUUGACCUUUGUUGUGCAUUUAAAAGUGAUUUUAAAUGUGGUAAGAUUAACAAAAGCAAACCACAAAUUGAGCCAUCUGAUUGUCAAUCAGCAUUGAUGGGGUUAGAUAGAUUUUCUACAGGUACAAUUCAUUAUAAUCAAGCUAGUAAUUCUAAGUCAUGUGGUGCAUGUCACAUUAGAAUCAGAUCAAGUGAUGGUACACCUCUACACGCUUCAUCGGAUGCGGCUUUCAAAGCAUUAAAUGGUUUCAUGAAAGCCUGUCCAUACGCACCUGGACAAUUUUCAAUUCAUUCACCUGGCAUUAGAGCUUCUUUAAUCAUGGAGGUUCAUCCAGCUGCUGCUCUGCAAUGUUGA